CUCACCGGAACCCUUUCUCUGGCUCCCGCAGAACCUUUCUGGCGCGGUACGGCGCGGUAGUUAGAGCGUCACUUCCGGCGGGGCGGAGGAGGCGGGAGAGAGAGGGAAAGGCUGGAAGACGAGCCUGCAGGAUGUUUCCUCAGUGAAAGGAAUGCUUUUGCACAAUGGCAGUUUUUGAUACUCCUGAGGAAGCCUUUGGCGUCUUACGUCCCGUCUGUGUUCAGCUCACAAAGACCCAGACAGUGGAGAACGUGGAGCAGCUGCAGGCACACUUACAAGCCGUGAGUGACUCUGCCCUUCAGGAACUUCAGCAGUACAUCCUCUUCCCUUUGCGAUUUACCCUGAAGACCCCGGGUCCCAAAAGAGAGCGCUUGAUCCAGAGUGUGGUGGAGUGCCUCACGUUUGUCCUGUCCUCAACAUGUGUGAAGGAACAGGAACUUCUCCAGGAACUCUUUUCGGAACUCUCUGCUUGUCUGUAUUCACCCAACUCCCAAAAACCCGCCACCGUGUCAGAGGAGUUGAAACUGGCUGUGAUCCGGGGCCUCAGCACGUUAAUGCACUCGGCUUAUGGGGACAUCAUUCUGACUUUUUAUGAGCCCUCCAUCCUGCCUCGUUUAGGAUUUGCUGUGUCUUUACUGUUAGGCCUAGCUGAACAGGAGAAAUCAAAGCAAAUUAAAAUUGCUGCCUUAAAAUGUUUACAGGUUCUACUCUUUCAGUGUGAUUGUGACGACCAUCCCAGAUCCUUGGAUGAGCCUGAGCAAAAGCAGCUAGGGGACUUGUUUGCUUCUUUCUUACCUGGAAUCUCAACUGCACUGACCAGGGUUAUCACAGGAGACUUUAAACAAGGUCACAGUGUUGUGGUAUCUUCCCUAAACAUCUUUUACAAGACAGUGGGCUUCAUCAUGGCUGACGUACAGCUCGGAAGAAUCUCAAAGGUUAAAGCAAAGCCUGCAGUGGAGCACAGAGUAGCAAAGCUGAUAGUUCACAGGGAAGCCGAUUGGGUAAAAAAUACUGGCGACAAGUUGAGUAUCCUUAUUAAAAAGAUAAUUGAGUGUGUUUCAGUUCACCCGCACUGGAAGGUGAGGCUAGAGCUAAUAGAACUUGUUGAGGCCCUUCUUUUCAAGUGCAGUCAGUCCCUAGUUGAAUCUGCUGGUCCCCUUCUGAAGGCCUUGGUGGGCCUGUUGAAUGAUGAGAGUCCUGAAGUCCAGGCGCAGUGCAAUAAAGUUCUGAGACGCUUUGCAGAUGAGAAAGUAGUGGUGGGCAACAGGGCCUUUGCUGACAUCCUAUCAGAAAGCCUACAUUCCCUUGCCACAUCUCUUCCGCGCCUAAUGAGCUCCCAAGAUGAUCAGGGCAAAUUCUCUACUCUCUCCUUGUUACUCGGUUAUCUGAAACUUUUGGGCCCCAAAGUGAACUUUGUCCUCAACUCUGUGGCCCAUCUCCAACGUCUUUCCAAAGCGCUUAUCCAAGUUCUGGAAUUAGAUGUAGCUGACAUCAAGAUUGUUGAAGAGCGGCGUUGGAACUCUGAUCAUCUGAGUGCUUCUCCGAAGACAGCCGCACAACCACGGAGUCAAAUCCAGAGGCGAUAUUUCCGCUUCUUCACUGACGAGAGGGUUUUCCUGCUCUUGCGGCAGGUCUGUCAGCUUCUUGGUUUUUAUGGGAACCUCUAUUUGCUUGUGGAUCACUUUAUGGAACUAUACCACGAAUCCGUGGUUUACCGGAAGCAAGCUGCCAUGAUCCUUAAUGAACUGGUCGCAGGAGCUGCCGGGCUGGAGGUGGAGAAUCUUCAUGAAAAACAUAUUAAAACAAGCUCAGAGGACCUGAGAGAGAUUGUGACAUCUAUACUUGAAGAAUACACGAGCCAAGAAAACUGGUAUUUGGUCACUUGUAUCGAAGCUGAAGAAAUGGGAGAGGAGCUAACAAUGAAGCAAUUAGGCCCCCAGGCCAUCACAUCUGGUGCAUACACCUGCCAACUUACAUCUUUUCCAGCCUUCUCAAAGCCAAGUCCCACUAUCUGCUCUAUGAACAGCAACAUCUGGCAAAUAUGCAUCCAGUUGGAAGGGAUUGGCCACUUCGCUUAUGCACUGGGAACAGACUUCCGUUUGCUCUUGAUGUCAGCCCUCUAUCCAGUACUGGAGAAGGCUGGAGACCAAACCCUGCUCAUUAGCCAGGCAGCUGCCAGCACCAUGAUGGAUAUUUGCCAUGCUUGUGGCUACAACUCUGUGCAGCACCUGAUCAAUCAAAAUUCAGACUAUUUGGUGAACGGGAUCUCUUUAAAUCUACGUCAUCUCUCUCUGCACCCUCAUACCCCAAAGGUCUUGGAAGUCAUGCUGCAGAACUCAGAUGCUAACCUACUUCCUUUGGUGGCAGAUGUGGUUCAAGAUGUCUUGGCUACCUUGGACCAAUUUUAUGAUAAGAGAGCCACUGCCUUUGUCAGUGUUCUGCACGCUCUGCUGGCAGCAUUAGCCCAGUGGUUCCCAGACACAGGUGAUUGUGGGCAACUCCAAGAGCAAAAUGUAGGGGAGAAGGGAAGUCAUUUGAGCCAAAGACCAGAAGCUUUUGAGAAAGGAUGUGCGAAUACCACCACAGCUGAAGACAUUGAGCAGUUUUUGCUGAACUACCUCAAGGAAAAGGAUGUGGCAGAUGGAAAUAUCUCAGAUUUCGAUAAUGAGGAAGAGGAGCAGUCAAAUCCUCCCCCCAAAGUGGACGAGAAUGACACGGGUCCAGACGUGGAGCCACCACUGCCAGUGCAGAUCCAAAUAGCCACAGACGUGAUGGAGCGCUGCAUCCACUUGUUAUCAGAUAAAAAUCUGAAAAUCCGCUUGAAGGUCUUAGAUGUGUUGGAUCUGUGUGUGGUUGUUCUGCAGUCCCAUAAGAACCAGCUCCUUCCCUUGGCUCACCGGGCCUGGCCCUCGCUCGUGCGCCGACUUACAAAUGAUGACCCUUUGGCAGUGCUCAGAGCCUUCAAGGUUUUGCGUACCCUGGGAGGCAAGUGCGGCGAUUUUCUCCGAAGCCGGUUCUGCAAAGAUGUUCUGCCAAAGCUGGCUGGCUCCUUAGUCACCCAGGCUCCUGUCAGUGCCAGGGCUGGACCAGUUUACUCCCACACACUGGCCUUCAAGUUACAGUUGGCCGUCCUGCAAGGCCUGGGCCCCCUCUGCGAGAGUUUGGACCUAGGUGAGGGUGACCUGAAUAAAGUGGCUGAUGCCUGCUUGAUUUACCUCAGCGCCAAACAGCCCAUGAAAUUACAAGAGGCUGCCAGGAGGGUUUUCCUCCACUUGAUGAAGGUGGACCCGGACUCCACCUGGUUCCUCCUGAACGAACUUUACUGCCCUGAGCAAUUCACACCUCCCCACCCCAGCCUCCGCCCUGUGCAGCUGCGAGGGGCCACGGGGCAGCAGAGCCCAUACACAGCCAACGUGCUUCUCCUGCUCCAGGAGCUGCAGUGACCUCUCCUCCCCGGCUUCCAGGUGGGGAGCUGAUCCCACCCUGGCCGAAGGCGGUGGCAGCUGCAGCAGAGUAUACUGCAAAGGCGGAUCAGACAGCCGAUCGAUUUAUAAAUUGAUCGAUCACGCAACUGCUUAGAAAUUGGAUUGAAGGAAAGUGGCUGACUGUUAUUUAUAUUUCAUACCUGGUGUUUUCAGAUGACAUUGUCUAGCAGCUCUAAGGGCUUAACUCCUUAGCUUACUGUCUCCAAGGCCCUAGCUGCCUCACAGGCCACGACACACAUACACACACACACACACCUGAGGGCUUAAGGACACGUGGGACAGAGGCCUGUACUAUGCAUCAUGUGUGUCCUCUGAGUGCCCGAGGACCACGUGGAACCAUGUGGAAGUAUCGCUCAUCCAGGAGUCUUAGAACACAGCCCGGCAUCACAGACACAUAUACCCUCCUGGCCUCGAAUAAUGAGAGGGAACAAACUCGUUGCACCUAACCCGUUCUUUGGAAGAAAAUGAAAUAAAGGCAUUUCUUGGAUGAAAAGUGUGA